AUGGCUGUAACGACACAAAAACGCAUUGUCGUCGUUGGACUAGGCAUGGUGGGCAUUGCUUUUAUAGAAAAGCUGCUCAAAUACGAUGCCAAAACAAAAGAAUAUGCUAUCACAGUGGUUGGAGAGGAACCAUAUCUUGCCUACAAUCGAGUAGGCCUCACAACAUUCUUCGAACACCGCAAAGUCGAGGACCUAUACAUGAACCCAGCAGAAUGGUACACAGAAUCCGAAGCAUCAUUAAACUGCCACAUCAACACAAAAGCCACACAUAUCAAUACCGAGGAAAAGUUUAUCGAAUGCGCAAAUGGCGAGAGUUACCCAUACGACAUCCUUGUCCUCGCUACUGGCUCAGAUGCUGUCCUUCCUCGCAUGCUAAAAGGAUGGGACUCCAACGGUGUCUUUGUAUACCGAACUAUUGAUGACUUGAACAAGCUGAUCAAGUUCUCUGACGACAAGAAAGGCACCAAUGGUGUUGUCGUGGGUGGUGGCCUGCUCGGUCUGGAAGCUGCCAAAGCUAUGCUGGAUCUCGAGUGCUACAACAAGAUCGACCUUAUCGAGAAGUCCCAAUGGGUUCUGAGCAGACAGGUCGACGAGACGGCCGGUAAGAUGGUCGCAGACCAGGUCUCACAACUUGGCGUGAGACUCAACUUAGGCAAGGGUGUGUCCAGCUUGAAGACGGACGAGAACAACAACCUUACCGGUGUCAUCUUUGACGAUGAAACCGAAAUCGACUGCUCCACACUAUGCUUUGCUGUUGGAGUCAAGCCCAGAGAUGACCUUGCGAGAUCAGCUAACCUCGAGGUUGGUCAAAGAGGAGGUAUUGUCGUCAACGACGACCUGAGAACAAGCAUGCCCGACAUCUACGCCAUCGGUGAAUGUGCUAGUUGGCGGGGUAUGGCUUACGGUCUCAUUGCCCCUGGUGUUGCGAUGGCCGAAGUCGUUGCUUUCAACCUUACACAAGCCAAGCUUCACAGCCCCAUGAUGUUCAAGACUCCUGAUAUGAGCACAAAGCUCAAGCUUCUUGGAGUCAAUGUUGCCAGCUUUGGUGACUGCUUCGCCGACCGCGAUGGCCCCGUGACUCUUCCUCCCAGAUACGCCAAGAUAGUCAACGGCGACGCCAAAUCCCCCAGCUCUGUCCAGGCCCUUACAUACAAGGAUCCUUUCUCCAACGUGUACAAGAAAUACAUCUUCACCAAGGAUGGAAAAUACCUUCUUGGUGGUAUGAUGAUUGGCGAUGUCUGCGACUAUGUCAAGCUUCUGCCCAUGGUCAAGUCUCAGAAGGAGCUCACGAUGUCUCCCAGCGAGUUGAUCCUGGGUGCUAAGAAGGAAGGCGAGGACUCAGAUGACCUUGACGAUGAUGCCCAAGUAUGUUCAUGUCACAACGUCACAAAAGGUGAUAUCGUCAAAGUUAUCAAGGAUGGCACUUGUAAGGAUGUCGCCAGCAUCAAGAAGUGCACAAAGGCAGGCACUGGCUGUGGUGGUUGUGUGCCCCUGGUCACCACCAUCUUCAACAAGACGAUGGCUUCUAUGGGUCAAGAGGUCACAAACUAUAUUUGCUCACACUUCAACUACUCGCGUGCUGACCUGUUCAACAUUAUCAUGGUCAAGCGCCUCAAGUCUAUGGACGAAGUCAUGCGCGAGGCUGGAACCGAUAAGAGUGCUGUUGGAUGUGAGCUGUGCAAGCCUGUAGUAGCAAGCAUCAUGGCUUCUCUUUGGAACAGACACGUCAUGGACAAGACAACACAUGGUCUUCAAGAGACUAACGAUCGCUUUCUGGGUAACAUCCAACGAGAUGGAACUUACUCUGUGGUCCCUCGUGUGUCUGGUGGUGAAAUCACGCCUGACAAGCUUGUUGUUAUUGGUGAGGUUGCACAGAAGUAUAACCUGUACACCAAGAUCACAGGUGGUCAGCGUAUCGACUUGUUUGGUGCCCAGAAGCAGGACCUCCUAGACAUCUGGGGUCAGCUUGUCGCUGGUGGUAUGGAGUCUGGUCACGCUUAUGCCAAGUCUCUACGAACUGUCAAGAGCUGUGUCGGUUCUACAUGGUGUCGAUUCGGUCUCAGUGACAGUGUUGGCAUGGCUGUGCGCCUGGAGGAGCGAUACAAGAGUAUCCGAGCUCCUCACAAGAUCAAGGGUGGUAUCAGUGGCUGUGUGCGUGAGUGCGCUGAAGCCCAAAGCAAAGAUUUCGGUUUGAUCGCUACGGAAAAGGGCUGGAACAUCUUCGUUGGUGGUAACGGUGGUGCAAACCCUCGUCAUGCCGAGCUAUUGGCCAAGGACGUGCCCCCAACCGACGUUGUGACAAUUCUGGACCGAUAUCUCAUGUUCUACAUGCGAACGGCCGACAAACUCCAGCGAACAGCACGCUGGAUUGAGAACCUCCCCGGAGGUAUCAAGUACCUUCAAGAAGUCAUCCUCGAGGACAAACUUGGUAUCAACGCCUCGCUUGAGGCUCAGAUGGAAGAGCUUGUCGACAGUUUCUUCGACGAGUGGGCCGAGGCCAUCAAGACUCCCGCCAUCGCAGAGAAGUUCAAGCAGUUCGCCAACACAAAUGAUACAACACGCAACAUGGAGCUUGAAGAUGACCGUGGUCAGAAGCGACCUGCCUUCUGGCCUGCCGAUGCUGCAGCAAAGGAAGAUUUCCAGGGUCUCAAGGAUAAGUGGUCCAUGACUUCUUGGGAGCCCAUCAUCGAGUCGUCCUACUUUGACGGUGCGGAUGAGUUGCCCAAUGGUAUCUCUGCUACCGUCAAGCGCGGUGACACUCAACUCGCCAUCUGGCGUAUCAAGGGUGUCUACUACGCUACCCAGCAAAUGUGCCCUCACAAGCGUGCAUUCAUCCUCUCCGACGGUCUCGUCGGUCAAGAACCUCACAAGGCUGAGCAAAACGGCGACAAGGCCGCUGCAGCGCCAUGGGUCUCAUGUCCUCACCACAAGCGCAACUUUGACUUGGGUAACGGUGCCUGCAAGACAGACGAGUCCAUGUCCAUCGCCACAUUCCCCACCGAGGCUCGUCCUGACGGCAUGCUAUACCUCAAGCUUCCUCCUGUGGACGAGCUUGACAGUGCCCUGGGAACUAAGAAGUGGAUGGUCAAGAAGGGUGAAGCUGGCGAGGCACCUUUGGCUAAGCUUGAUAGCAAGAUCAAGUUCGUGGGCAUUCGUGGUAAGAAGCCCUACGUGAAGCCUCUUGGUCAGGCGAAGAUGACCACGAAGCCGAUGGAUCUUAUGAUGGCUUCCAAUGGAUGUGGAGGUGGUGCACCAGAGUGGUAG